GGCAGCUGAGCCGCUGCUGCAGGCGCCAGACGCCGCGCCGGCCGCGGGGAGAGCGCGGGGCGCGAGAUGCGGCCCGAGGACGGCGCGGGGGCUGCGGAGCCGGGCGAGCCCGUGCUGCUGCUGACGGACGAUGCGCCCCCGGGCGCGAGUGAGGAGCCGGCGGCCGCCGGGACGGAGGGGGCGCCCGGCCGCGGCAGGUGCUGGCUGUGCCCCGCCUCGCCGUGCGGCUCGCGCGCGGAGCCGGAAGCCAAGAAGAAAGCACCCUGUCCUGGACUUGGCUUGCUUUACACAUUAUUGUCUGCCUUCCUUUUCUCAUUGACCUCUUUAUUUGUUAAAAAAGUGCAAGACGUCCAUGCUGUAGAGAUUAGUGCGUUUCGAUGUGUGUUCCAAAUGCUAAUUGUUAUCCCUUGCUUAAUUUACAGAAAAACUGGGUUUAUUGGCCCAAAAGGUCAACGAAUUUUCCUCGUUCUCAGAGGAGUCCUUGGUUCUACCUCCAUGAUCCUUAUAUACUAUGCUUUCCAGACAAUGCCCCUCGCUGACGCCACAGUUAUCACGUUUAGCACUCCAGUAUUUACGUCCAUAUUUGCUUGGAUAUUUCUCAAGGAAAAAUAUAGCCCUUGGGAUGCUCUUUUCACCAUGUUCUCAAUCACUGGAGUGAUCCUUAUCGUCAGACCACCAUUUCUGUUUGGUUCCAGCUCUUCAGGGACAGAAGAAAGCUAUUCCGUCCAUCUUCAGGGAACAUUGGCAGCAAUCGGACAUGCCGUAUUUUCUGGAAUGACUCUAGUUAUCCUAAGAAAAAUGGGAAAAUCUGUGGACUACUUUUUGAGCAUUUGGUAUUAUGUAAUAACUGGCCUCCUUGAAAGCACGAUCGUCCUCUUUAUAUUAGGAGAAUGGAGUCUGCCUUACUGUGGCUUCGACAGGCUAUAUCUUGUACUAAUUGGCACAGUUGGUUUGGGGGCUCAGGUAUUUCUCACAAAAGGACUUCAAAUAGAAAAAGCAGGGCCAGUAGCAGUAAUGAGGGCAAUGGAUGUAGUCUUUGCUUUUAUCUUCCAGAUUAUUUUCUUUAAUCAGGUGCCAUCAUGGUGGACGGUGGGUGGUGCUAUCUGCCUAGUAGCCAGUAGUAUUGGAGCAGCCAUUCAUAGAUGGUACCAGAGUUCCAAAUGAAGCAUCAUUGCUGCAAUACAUAUUUUUUUCAAGUAUACCCUCACCCAAUUCAGACGCACUAUAUAUGCUUACACACCUGGGAAAUCUGCAUUUACUUUGAUUAUAUUUAAUACAUUUCAUAAAGUGCCAUUGUUGAAUAUGGUAUGUCUUUAAUUAGCUAAGAAUAGCUAGUCUAUUUGGUCUAGCAAUUUUGGGGGGUAUCUUUUUCAGUUUUGGUUCGUUUCUUGUUGGAGUGGCAUUGGUGAGAGGAGAGCACAAUGUUUGAAGAAAAACCAAAAAUUUUUAUGACUCUAGUAAUUUUUUAAAUGUCUUUUUACUACCGAUGGGAUAUGGGUGGGAGGAAAUUUUAGAUACUCUUUUAACAUAGUAAAGCCUAAGAAUCUUAUUGAUAAUGCUGCUAUAAUUAGUAUUAUGUUGAUAAUUCAUUUGCAACAUAAUUCCAUUUAGGUGGCCAAAGCUGAAACUUGGGAUAGGUGCCUACUUAAUGCUGUUAAUAAUACAAAAGAAUUGGCCUUAUUUUCAAGGAUUUUAUAAAUGAUUGUCAUACUUUUAACUCUUGUGCCUUUUCAUUUUAAUGCUGGAAUUUUUAUUAUAUAACCUGUAAAAAAAGGUUUUUAAAUCGCCAAAUUUGGCUAGUAGUUUUCUGUGUCAGUGGUAUUAGCAACUGUAGUUAUCAUUCUAUAAUUUUAAUUGCCUCUGUUUUUUGAAACUGCACUAAUGUUAUUUUUUCUUAACAUUCCAAGAUUUCAGAUCUUUGAAUCACAAGGAGAAAUCUUGGCAUGACCAGUGUGCACAUUUCCAUCCUGAAGUGUUUUCUCUUCACUAGAAAUGUGAUUUUCUAUAAAUUCUCUUUGAAUUUAUAGUGUGAUGCCAAAUAAAAUUUUCUCAGGAUCUUAUUAGGUUGAACCAUAUGAAAUUGCCACGAUUUUACCAUUUUAAUUUACAAAAACUAUAGUUUCAUAUGGUUCACCCUAAUAGAUACCUCCCUUACCCUCUAAAUCAGGUACUUAAAGGACCUUGGACUAUGUGUUAAAAAUAAUUUUUAAAGUACAAGACUGCUAUUAAAAUUUUUAUUGUUAUGACAUUAUAUGUAAUAAUGCUUGAUGUUAUACAUUAAAUGUAAAGACCUGUGAAUCCAUGUUUGAUUGACUUUUAUAGUUUCUUAUAGAAAAAAAGUCACUGUUAAAUUCU